AUGGCCGACUAUGUGGCAGGAGGCCUACAUGACCACAUUAUCACACUCCUCCAGGACAAACUUGGGAAGAUACAGUCGAAGUCUAACUUGCAUUCAAAUCUGGAUGCUGACGAGGUUGUGCAUAUGGAGGACAAGACAGAUAAGGAGAUUCAGCGAAGGAAGGACAACUUCGAAUUCAUUCAACUCCGGGUUCGCCAACUUGACGAGAGCUUAAAAAGACGAUCGCCACAUGUGGGGCAGCAGAGACUGCCCGCGACUCCACCAAAGGAUAGCCGACAGGGCUCAGACCAAGCACCAGUCUGGGAUUCGACGUCUCCGAAGGGGAGGUCGCAAUAUUUGAUGUACACCAGUACUGAUCCCGGCUCUCCACCCACUCCUCCGCCUCAGUUGAAGAAGGCGCGAAUGGGCAACACUGGCGCUCCAUUGUCAGGACGUCAUUAA